AGUAAAGAAGUAAGCAGUCUUUUAUAAAAAUAUCUCACUGAGGAAAAAACGCUUAGAUUUAAUUGAUUCUUUAGAAAUUUAUCAUGAUAAAUUAGUGGAAGGUAGGUCAAAUCAUGCCUCUGACGUUGAGCGGCUGGAGGCUGAUAUUGGUGAUUUACAUAAGUCUUUAGAACUUCUAUCUUCUAAAUACCACUCUGCCCAGGAACAAAUCAAAGAACACAUCCUGGCUGCAUAUAAUCUUUUGCAAUUAAGUACAUGUAAAUUGCCAAAAAAGCAUCAACCACAUGUUUGCCUUAGGCCAUCAUUGUCAAAACCAUCAAGAAAUGUUGUUAUACUAUCAGACAGUCUAGGGAUAGGUUAUGGGCCACUGUUACACAAAAACAUUGACUGCAAUGUUUUGAAUAAUUGUAUGCCAGAUGCUUCUUUUGACCAGAUUAUGAAAAGCCUACAACAAAGUAACUUAAAUAGGGAAUCGAUACUAGUUCUUGUAUUAGGAAGUUCACAGAGUGUUAACGAAAGAAGCGUCCACUCCUCGUGCUGCGGGGAGUGGACCGUCUACGCCUCGAGGCGCCACGAGGCGGAGUUUAUUGUUGGGACGUCGCCGACCGCUGCAGGACCACGAAAUCAUGGAACAUCUGUUCUAUGGAAGUGAGGAAGACUCUUUGGAGGAGGAGGAGGAGGACGGGGACGCUCUGGCGGUGCCGAUUCCUCCAGGCGUUCCUCGAGGAUGAGGUCCGUGGGGAAGAAGGAGCCGCACCAGCGGCCCUUGAUUUUUCAUGGCCUCCUCCGGACUUCACCCCCUCCGUCGAGCCGUCUUCGCCCGUAGUCCAGAUGUUGCCAGCGGUCCCGGUCCUGCAGCCUGCGGUCCCGGAGCCCGCAGUUUUAGUAUUUCGCCAUAACCCUAGCAAUGGGGAUUGUGGUGAGAAAUCACGUAUUGAGGAGUACUGGAAUUGUUCUCGUGACAUUUUCAGUACUCCUGAGUUCUCGACAGCGAUGAGUUGUGAUCGCUUCUUGUUGUUGAGUAGGUGUCUCUACUUCCAAGACAACGCGAUUUGCAAUCCUGGUGAGCUAACUAGAGCUCAAGCUAAAUUGUUUAAAAUCCAGCCUAUCGUUGACCAUUUGAAUCUCAAAUUUUCCCAUUUGUAUACAUUGGAUCGAAAUGUGGCAGCAUAAAGCAUAAAGCAGCGGCAGUCGGCAUCAAGACUUUGGAGCUAUGCGAGUCAAAGACCGGAUACUUGUGGGUGGGUAAGGCUCAGUAAAUCUGAAAGUUGCCAAGUGUUAGUA